AUGCUCACAACCAGCCCGAAUGUGAGUCGCGUGGCGCCUAGCGUGCGGUGCCGGCGGUGGCAUGGUGCGUGCGUGCGGCGCAGGUGGCUGGUGCGGUCGCUGGACGGGCGCGAGGGCCGCGUGCCGGCGCGUCUGCUGGAGCCGGCCUACGACGGCGCGGAGGAGGACGACGCCGACGCGGAGGCCGACGCCUCUGCCGCCCUCGGCACCGACGCCGCGCAGCAGCGACGCGAACGUAAUAAAACCACGGAGGAGGAGUUCGCGCGCGACCUGCGGCGCGUCGUGGAGCAGUACCUGCGCCCGCUGGACAGCGCCGCCACGCCGCGGGCGGUGCGCGACGCCAAGGACGUCGUCUUCUCCAACCUCAAGCAGAUCGCCGACUUCCACAGCACAGUGCUCAUCGAAGGAGUGAAAUACUACGCGAGCGAGCCGCACCUCUUGGGCAAGACCUUCCUGCGCCUGGAGCGAGACUUCGACAAGCACGUCGCUUACUGCAGAGACGAACCUGCGGCGCAGUCCCUUCUGCUGGAGAAUGACGCCGUGCGCGAAUAUUUUGAGGAAUUUCUCAUUUAUGGUCGAACGCCAUAUGGGCAGAGCUUCGACUCACCGCAGAUAAGUAAAGAAGAUGGCCGAUUAUAGAACCAUAUCUGGUGCUUUUACC